AUGACUACACAGCGGAAAGUUAUCAUACUCACGGGAGGAAGCGCUGGGCUCGGCCUGCUACAACAAAGUGAACUUCGUGACGUCAGCGUCCUCUGCAAACACGCGUAUCCCGUCAGUAUUUACAAAACACCUUGUGGACUUCACAUUCGGGAACAUUGCAAGCAGGCGAGCAUGAGCAUGGCAUUUCUAACAAAGAAUUCAAAUGAGCAAAAGGGGAUUCUGCCGACUACUUGCAUCAUCAAACCAACAAUUGCUCGAUAUUCACUUUGGGUUGCAGCAACGCUCAUACACUCAUAUCCUAUAACUGAUACAUACGCUUCGUCUAUCUUCGCUAUGCAGGCAUCAAGCAAAGCUACUCGACAAUUAUACAAUAAUUCAUAUCAUCAUCAUACACUGGAAAUUACGAACUUGGACCUAGAGUCGUUCGAAUCAGUAAAACAGUUUGUCAAUUGGUUUACAGAGAAAAAAAUUGGCUUGGAUGUGUUGAUUUUAAAUGCAGGUGCAAUCUUCACAUCACGACAAAUAACAAACGACAACCUCGAAUGCACUCUGCAAACCAACCAUCUAUCUCAUUUCCUGCUCCUCAACCUGUUAUUACCGGCCCUUCUCUAUCGUCAUUCUCAUCCUUCAUCUUACUCUAGUGACCCUGAUUCGCAUCCGAUAUCAAGAGUAAUUUUUGUCUCGUCAGAACUUCACUCUCCAAAAGUCGGGCAUGGCAAGGGACCAUAUUUAAACGAAGAGAAUCUACAAGGCGAAAAAGAAUAUGAUGAAUUUGUUGCAUAUCGAAAUACAAAACUACUGCAAGUAUUAUGCGCAUAUCAACUAGACAAAAUAAUCAACGGAGAACCUCUUAGCCCCGGUUUUGUUCCGCGUACAGGACUGGUACGCAAUUUCAGUCUGGGAAGGCGACUUGCGAUGAAAUACAUACUUUCUUAUAUGCCUUUUGCAAGAACGAUAGAACAGGGUGGGGAUGUGCUUGUUUACGCAGCUACUUCAUCGGAUCUCGAGAAUCGCAGUGGGGUAUAUAUUAAGCACAAUUGUAACAUUGCUCCAUCAAGUGACGAGAGCUAUGUCAGCGAGAAGCAAAAGUUCUGGUGGAAUAUUAGCUGUCAGUUGACCGGAUUACCGGAAAGUAAAGUUCCUCUGGAGUGA